CUCGGCUUUGUUUGUCUCUCCUGCUCCAGUUCAAUAAACUACACAGAUUCUUUUUUUUAUUCUGUUACCAGUACCAGGGAACUGCAGGAUGCGCCAGACGGUACUGCAAUUGAAGAUCGCCGUGUGUUAUUUCAUGUUAUUGGACAGUUUUCAGGAAAUAAAUACUUCAUCUUCACAUUCUGAAAAGACAGCCCCUCUCAACUCUGACAUGAUACUACAGUGUCCUUUUAAAUUGAAGAGCCCAGGGUAUGGCCUGACAUAUGUCACUAUAUCCUGGACAAAAGGUGAAUCAAAAGUGGCAGAGUUCAUUUUUGGGGAAUUAAGAGGAACCAGCCAUGCAAUGAUGUCUAAAAGUGAGCUACGAAGAGAGAAUGCCUCCCUAAGUCUCAGGAAUGUCACCAUUGAAGAUGAGGGAGAAUACAAAUGUCUGGUACAUGAAGCAGGUGAAGACCCCUUAACUGUCAUUGUCCGGGUUAAAGUUAUAGCUCAUCCUGUGGUAUCCGUAAAACCAAGUCCAAUUAUGGCAGGUUACUUAAAUAACCCAGAGUGUCACAUAAAACGCUUCUAUCCUGGAACUAUCUCUGCAGUGUGGAUGAAAAACUCCAACCCACUUCCUGGUCAAGGGCCUCUACAGCUGAAAAAAAAUGGAGACCGCACUUUCGACACAGUUCGCUGUUACCCCAACUCUUCUACCUUUGAAGAUUUUAAUGCCAACAUAUCAUGCCUGGUGAAGCAUGAGGCUCAGGAUGGAUGGGUGAAAGACGUUCCAAUCGAAUUCUGCCAGCCACACUUCACUGUUUCACCCAAAACUGUCACAAGUUAUGGGAAACAGAAGGUCACCUGCAAACUGGAGGGCUGCCCCUUCAGCAAUUUCACUAUCAGUCUGGAGAACAAUGAAGGAAUAAUAAAGGAAAAAUCAUGCAGAAAAGAGUCAGAAUGUUCUACAAACUUAACCUUUGUGAUGAAUAUCACAAAGGAGGAGGAGUUGAAGGAGUUUUUCUGUAAGGCAAAGUUUGAAGGAGAUGACAAGGUGAUCACUGAACAUAUCUUGAUUAAACCUGAAGGAUUAACUGUGGAAAAAGUGAUGCCAGUAGUAGGGGUGGUGGUGCCUGUACUGCUGGUGGCAGCACUCAUGCUUGGGAGAAGGAAACUUUGCAAAAAUUGUCUAAGAAACAAAGACAGCUUAUCUGAGAUUCACAAUGGUGAUCCUAUUGAACGUCAGAAUCUUCAACAAGCAUAAGUAUGGAUAUUUACACUGGAAAGAAUAAAUGAAACAGAGACUCCUGGACCCCCAGCUUUAAUACUACUGAAGAUCCGAUGGUGCCCACCUUUAAGCUGCUUUACUUGAGGCCAGUUUAUACAGCUUGGUGUAAUUGCUACUCCUCUUCAAAAAAUUGUAUUGUGAUAUUCAAGGUGAACAUCCAAAAAGAUGUUAUAUGAAGACUGCUGCAACUUUUGUUGUCCAGAAGGAAAUAUUCUGUAUAUUUAUUGAUUGUCUUCAUCAGAGUUUACCUUUUGUAUUUAAAUGCUGGUAAUAUUUGAGGAUACAAAAUCCAAAAUCUAUUUCUCUUAUAAUGAAGGAAUUGUAGCUCUAUAUGGGGUGAAGGUGGGUGUAAAGUGUUAAAUAAUUUUUUGCUCAGGUUAAGCUUUCUGCACUAUAUGAAGUUUAGAUAACAUCAAUUACCUUCUUUAUAGAAUAGAUGCAGUAUUGACAAUACCUUGUCAUGUUGCCCUCCUUUCACGUGAUGGAAAGAAGGCCUUUGCUUGAGUGAAUUGUGGAUUUCUUUAGCAGGUCUCGGAAGAAAUGGGGUUUGGAGGGCGAUUUAUUGGCUCGGACUCUUUACACUUCUCUCACUGCCACCUCACUCACAAACUCAAAUAUUCCCAACCUAUCGAUUUAGAUACAGUAAAGGUACCAGACAAGGAUGUCCUGUUUCCCCCCUACCUUUUACUUUGUCUCUGGAGCCUCUUACUAUUGCUUUCCACAAAUGUGACCUGAUCUACCUAAUCGAUAUUCAAAACACUAGCCAUAUGAUUCCCCUGUAUCUAGAUGAUGUUCUGCUUUCCUUAGACAAUGCCCAUUCUGAUCUUCUACAUGUUCUUAAUCUCUUUAAUUCUUAUGAGUCAUUAGCCAGAUACAAAAUAAAUUGGUCCAGAUCUGCUCUUCUUCCUAACUACUUCUGUCCAUAGCCCACUUUGCCUCCAUUAUAAUGAUAGCAACUUCCUUCAAUACCUUGGUUCAAAAUAUUGCCAUUUACCAGAGAGUUCUGAGGGGUGUGAAGAACACUCUCAAAUUUCAGACCUAAUGUCCCUCUGUCUGUUCAUUCCAACACAUGUUGUUCCUCCUUUCAUUUUGUCGUUGUCCUGCUUCCUCUAAUACCCUUCCUCCCGUUUAAUUUUGGACAGAGAAUUCUAUGUGAAUUU